AUGUACCGGAAGGAACACAAGGACAUAAAUGAGGUCUACAGUGAGGUUGCUUCUCUUUUUGAGGACCAUUCAGAUCUGCUUGAGGAGUUCACUAGAUUUUUACCAGAUUCUUCUGGUGCACCUUUGACACAACAAGUUCCAUAUGGUCGAAACUCAACUCAGUGUUAUAACGAGCGAAGUUCUGCCACACCCAACAUGCGGCAUACACAAAUGGACAAACAACGCCGGAGGGAUAGGAUUACUUGCCGUGCUGAUCGGGAUCUAAGUGUUGAUUGUCAUGACCUGGAUGAUGACAAAGCUAUUGUCAAAAUGCAAAAGGAGCAUAGAAAGCAUGUGGAAAAGGAAAAUAGGGACCGGAGAACUCGUGAUCAGGACGAGCCUGAGCAUGAAAACAGGGAUUUUAACAUGCAGGGUUUUUCAGAUAAGAAAAGAUCUGGAAGGAAGAUUGAAGGAUUGGCUUCUUAUGAUAACAAAGAUACUUUAAAAAGUAUGUGCAACCGAGGGUUCAUAUUCUGUGAGAAAGUUAAGGAGAGACUGUGCAGCUCAGAUGACUACCAAGCAUUCUUAAAGUGCCUUAAUAUUUAUAGCAAUGGAAUUAUCAAAAGAAAUGAUUUGCAAAAUUUGGUGACAGAUUUACUUGGCAAGCAUCCCGAUCUUAUGAUCGAGUUCAAUCAGUUUUUGGAAUGUUGUGAGAAUACUGAUGGGCUCCUUGCUGGUGUCAUUAGUAAAAAAUCACUUAGUAGUGAUGCACAUGCAUCAAGGCCAUUCAAAUUGGAGAAGGAGGGAGAGCAUAAACGCGAAAUGGAGGAACCUAAGGAAAAGGAGAGAUCCAGGGAGAAGUACAUGGAAAAAUCCAUACAAUAA